UUUUUUUCAAAUAUAGAUUUUGUAAUAUUAUUAAUGCAUAUUAUUAUUUACUAAAUAAAAUAAAAAUUCAAUAUAAUUAAUUAAGAACACUUUUAGGGUUUUCCUCCGAUCUUGCUGCAUCUUUGGUCUGAGCUUUUGAUUCACGCUUAAAUUCGGGUUUUGAUUUCGCGUCAAAUCAGAUUUAUAAAUUGCAUAGCAGAAGUUACGAUGGAUAAUGAAUUGGAAUUGGCGAGGCAGAAGCUUGGUCUUGUUUCGCUGGGAGAAUCUUCAACCUAUCGGUUAUAUUCCAAGAGUUUGGUGAGUGAAGAGUUUAUUAAGGAUGAUACGAAGCUGGUCGGUGGAUCAGGCCUGUCUCUCUGUGACUCCAACGAUAACUCGAAGAAAUUGGAGACCAACAAAGCUCUGAGAAACCACCGAGUCCUGGCUGCGCACCCUGAAGCUACGGAAUUGGCUGCCAUAAUUCAAGGGAUGAGUUGGGCGUUGAAACUUGGUGUUAAAAGCAUCCAAUUCUUCUGUGACGACGAUUCCAUCAUCUUGGAUUACAUAACAGGUAAAGCUGCACCACCGAACGAGUCCAUUGUCGUAGCAAAACUUUUGAAGCAAGUGGCUCCUCUUCAGGCAAGAUUCACGUCUUGCCAGGCACUCCCUCUGCGCACAGACAUCAAUUCUUCUCUCAUUAAGCUCGCAAGAGAUGCCAUUGCUUCCCAAACCACAUGGCGUGAAGGUGACAAUGAGUAUGAGACUUGUCCAGCCUGCUAUGCACACGUUUCACCUCGUCACAAACUUGAGGUGAGGAGCGGUUGCUUCCACCGCAUCUGCUUUACGUGCAUAAGGGACUGUGUCUCAUCCCAACUAGCACGAGGAGACACCCUACUCUGCCCUUACCCGGGUUGCGAGAAAGAACUUGUGCUAGAGGAUUGUAGAGGUAUUGUUGAAGAUGAUGCUCUUAAUCUUAUCAUCCACCGCAAGAAGGAGAAGGCCAUCCCCGUUUUAGACAGAGUCUACUGUCCCAAGCCUUGUUGUAACUUUUUGAUGUCCGACCGCGACCUCCCACUCGGCUUCUCCAUUGAUCCUCGGCAAAAGUCAGUAGCACGCACGUGCGUCGAGUGCGGCUUGUGUUUCUGCAAAAAGUGCCAUGUUCCAUGGCACUACAAGAAGACGUGCGAUGAGUUCAAGAAGUCCCAGUCUUACCUGACAUCUGACGCUGCGCUUUUCGAGUCUUUAGUGAAGACAGAGGGAUGGAUGAAGUGUCCCCAGUGUACCACCGUCGUUCAAAAAAAUGGCGGGUGCCAACGCAUUAGCUGCAGGUAUUUUGGACAUUUGUUAUUGAGACUGAUUUUAUAUUAUUUGUCUUCGACUCUAAUUAUCUGUGUUUUUUUUUUAUUUUCUCACAGACAUUGCAACCACAAGUUCUGUUACGCAUGUGGGGCUGCGUGUACAAGGAAGAAAAUGUCAUGCAACUGCAGCCCACAAGACUAGGCUUCUAACGUGCUGAAGGGCCUGAUAUGCCAAUCUUCUCUUCAAAUAAAAAGACUAUAUCGACCAUUCCAAAUAGUACGUUUCCUAUUAACGAUAUGCUAGUGUGUGUCUGAGCUUCUGUAUUCCCGAACAUGUCUGUGAUGCAUAUUCGACACUUGCUUUCUCUCUUCAAAUUCCAUGUACAAGAAGAAUCUAAUGCAAAUGAAAUCUAAUACGAAAACGAUCUGUGAUAUAUGGACAUUUUGUUGAUCAUUCAUUUCCAUAUAUUAAUAUGCUUUACAUAUUAAAAUGAGAAAAAAAAUCAAUAUUUGAAGUUAAAUAAAGAAAAAAAUACAGAAUAGAAACACAGAAUACUAACUAUAGUAUAACUUCUUUAAAUUAAUACUCUAUAAAUUAAUAUACACUAAAAAUCUCUAUAAAAUAAUAUAAUUU